AGAGAAGGACAACUUGAGUUACACUACGUGGAGCUACAUGCGCUCGCCACAAAGUAUACUAAUGCUAACAACUCGCUCUCUGCGCUCGCGACCCACGUGACCAUAUCUUGACCAAUGAGAGCCCUCCACGAUGCGUACAUCGCCUAUGAGCUACUGGCCUCUGACAGUUUUUCUAUCAUACAUCUUUUCGUCGUUGAACUUUUCUCUCUCACAUAACUUUGACUGGUUAUGAAGAUCUACCUCUUAGGCAUAUGUUGCCUCCUUGCCCUGUCAGGGCUGACUAAAGCUGAAGAUGAAGCAGUUGAUGUCGAAGGAACCGUGGAGGAAGAUCUUGGAAAGAGCACAAUCGGCUCCAAAACCGAUGAUGAAACUGUAGAAAGGGAGGAAGAAGCUAUCAAAUUAGAUGGUUUGAAUGUCUCUCAAAUGAAGGCGAUGCGUGAUUCGGCUGUGAAGCACGAAUAUCAGGCUGAAGUAAACAGGAUGAUGAAACUUAUCAUCAACUCCCUCUACAGAAACAAAGAGAUCUUCCUGAGAGAGUUGAUCUCUAAUGCCUCUGACGCCCUGGACAAGAUCAGGUUCAUGUCCCUGACCGACCCAAAUGUCUUGGCCGCAACAGCUGACCUCAAGGUCAUGAUCAAGCCUGACAGAGAAAACCACGCCCUCCAUAUCAUCGAUACUGGUAUUGGAAUGACACAUGCAGAUCUCGUCAAAAACCUCGGAACCAUCGCCAAGUCUGGAACCUCAGAGUUCCUCGCCAAGAUGGAUGACGGUGAGACCAUGAACUCUGACCUGAUUGGACAGUUCGGAGUGGGAUUCUACUCUUCCUUCCUGGUUGCUGAUACUGUUGUUGUCACCACCAAACACAACGAUGACGAGCAGCUUAUCUGGGAAUCUGAUGCCAGCAGUUUCACCGUCUCUAAAGACCCCAGGGGAGAUACUCUUGGACGAGGAACCCAAAUCAGUCUGUUCAUGAAGGAAGAAGCAUACGAUUACCUCGAGGAGAACACAAUCAAGGAUCUGGUUAAGAAGUACUCUCAGUUCAUCAACUUCCCCAUUCAUCUGUGGACCAGUAAAACUGAGCAGGUCGAGGAACCAGUUGAGGAAGAAGAGACAGCCGAAUCCAAAGAAGGAGAAACCGACGAUGACGUCAAGGUCGAGGAUGAGGAUGAUGAGAAGCCUAAAGUAAAGGUAGUAGACAAGACCGUGUACGACUGGGAAGCAAUGAACGACAACAAACCCAUCUGGCUCAGAGCUCCCAAGGACGUUGAACAGGAGGACUACAAUGCAUUCUAUAAGAGCUUCAGCAAGGACUCUGAUGAACCCCUCGCUCAUGUUCACUUCUCCGCUGAGGGAGAGGUCACAUUCAGAUCUAUCCUCUACGUCCCCAAGACCGCUGCUCAUGAUCUCUACCAGGACUACGGAAAAGCCACUGACAACAUAAAAAUGUACGUCAAGAGAGUUUUCAUCACCGACGAUUUCGAAGAAAUGAUGCCCAAAUACCUUUCUUUCAUCAAGGGAGUUGUAGACAGUGACGAUCUGCCCCUGAACGUGUCAAGAGAAACCCUCCAACAGAACAAACUCCUCCGAGUAAUCAAGAAGAAGCUGGUUCGAAAAGCCCUGGACAUGCUCAAGAAGAUGACCGAUGAGGACUACGAGAAGUUCUACAAAGAGUUCGGAACCAACGUGAAACUGGGAGUCAUGGAGGAUCACAGCAACCGAAACAGACUGGCCAAGCUCCUCAGAUGGCAGUCAAGUAACAGCGAUGAAGGUCUCACUUCCCUGACCGCCUACAUGGAGAGGAUGAAGGAGAAACAGGAACACAUCUACUUCAUGACUGGAACAAGCCGAUCUGAGUGCGACAAAUCUCCCUUCGUUGAGAAACUCCUCAAGAGAGGAUAUGAAGUUCUCUACCUGGUCGAUCCUAUUGAUGAAUACACAGUCCAGAACCUGCCCGAAUUCGAGGGAAAGAAGUUCCAGAACGCUGCUAAAGAAAACCUCAACCUCCAGGAUUCUGAAAAAGCCAAAGAAACCAUGGAAGUUUUGGGACGUGAAUUCGAUACCCUUCUUAACGGACUUAAGGAGAAGAUCUUGAACUCUGGAAUUGAGAAAGCUGUCCUCUCCACCCGUCUGGUCGGAUCUCCCUGUGCUCUGGUUGCCAGCCAAUACGGCCACUCUGGUAACAUGGAACGUAUCAUGAAGUCUCAGGCUUACGCCAAGGCAGGAGGAGCUGACGCAAACGUUCAGAAGAAAAUCCUUGAACUUAACCCCUUCCAUCCCCUGGUCAAAGAGCUGAACAACCUCUACAAAGCUGACCCCGAGUCUGAGACUGCCGCUGACCUAGCUAACUCCCUCUACGACACUGCUCUUCUGAGAUCAGGAUACUCACUCCGUGACACCACCGCCUUCAGCGACCGAAUGGAGAAACUCCUUAAACGCAGUUUCAACGUAGAUGCUGACGCCAAGGUUGAAAUUCCUCCAGAGAUCGACGAGGAAGAAGAACCUAAGGCUGAAGAGGAGAGUGCCGAAGAGUCUUCCGAAGAAGAAGUUGCCGCCGACGAAGGUGCUGAGGAAGAAGCCGCACCCGCGGAAGAAGCUGCGGAUGAAGCAGUGGAAGAAGCUGCAGAGGAGGCCCCUAAGGAUGAGUUAUAAACACCCUCAUCAAGAUGACUUCAUAUGAUGUCAUUUCCAAUCAAGGACUCUCGAAUUCCCCAUUUCUAUCAGAAGUAUAUUAUGAAAUUCAAUCUUAUGGGACUCUUUCUUUAACUUUAAGUAAAUUAUUGUUUAAUUUUAAGUAGGAAAGCCGCCUCUUAGCCAAAAUAUGAUGCUAUUUUAUGCUAGCGAAAAUGUUGUAGAAAGAAGGUUAGAAUUUAUUUUUUGAAUGUUUUAACUAGAAGCAUCUUUUGCCACUUUUAAUCUGAAGGAUCAACUCGCUGGCUGAGAAGAAGUAGAAUUUGCUUUUAGGGAGACUGACUUCAAGGGACUCAACAACUUGGCAAUCUCAGAUUUAUAAUCUACUUACGAACUUGGGGCACUUGCAAUUUUUACAUUGUUUAUAUUUGAUGUUAGCUUUGGUAUUCAAUUGUGUAUUCAACUUAUUGAAAGUUUGUGACGAAA